AUGGAGGACGGUGCUGACAGGCCGGUUCCCAAUAAGGCUCCACCCUCGGGAGGCAGGCGCUUGCCAGGGCGUACGCCAAGUGGAUUGCUUGGCAAGCCAGGCACCUUACAGCUAAACCAGAGCACAACACCGCAGCAGCAGGCGCUACCUGUAAAGCGCCGAGGCAGCUUCCAACAGCUUAAAAAAGCUGGGCUACAUGCUGGACGCGACGGCGCGUCGUCCCAUCUCGACUCGGACUCGUCUCCCUCCAUUUUUGCAGUUGUCAAGAAAAGUACUCAUUGGGAAAAAUAUGGAACAGUGCUUGUGCUGGUUGUGGCGGACGAACUUAGCAGCGACAAGGAGGCAGUCCUGCAGAUGUUGUCUGCCGAGGGAUACGAUGACAAUACAACAGACAACAUUGAAGAGGCGUUGAAGCUGUUUGCGGAGAAGGAGGUUUACCCAGACAUUGUGAUUAUUGACUCAGACAACGAGCUAGUCGACACCCGACAGCUGAUCCGUCAGCUGCAGUCCCUGAACCCCACAGUUGCCGUACUGGUCCUGGGCUCCCGGGGCGGCCCGCUGAGCGCGGUCCAGGCCCUCCAGUCGGGCGCUGCCGACUACAUGAUGAAGCCGCUCAACCUUGAUGAGAUGGUGGCUAGGGUGGAGCGGCACGUGCAGAGACAGCACUGCAUCAAGCUGGAGAUGGAGAAGGCGCUGGAGGACGCUAAGCAAAUGAUGCAGCAGCUCAUGCCCGCCUCGCUGCUGGGAGAUGUGAUGCUCCGAAAGGAAUCUUCCGUACAGUCGGGUCCCAAAGCCCCCGUGUGCCUGAACAGUGUCGCGGAGACGGACUUUGAGGAUCAGAUGUCCGAGCUGAGCGAGGAGAACCACCGACUGGGGCAGAAGGUGCAGGAGAUGGAGAGGAAACUGGAACUCAAGGACAAGCUGCCCUCCCUGGUAGCUGUGAUGGUGUUCGCCGGGCCGCGUCCUGGGGGGUUGAUGGGGGGGGGGCCACAUGACGAACAAUGA